GCGAGUUUUGCUUCCGGUUCACAGGUCAUCACAGCUGCAGAUAGCGGAUUGAGCCUCCGGGAGGUUCCCUCCCAGGAAUGCUGAGCAGAGAUGGGAGUCCAUGCCAGCUUUUGGGUAUAUGGCUGGCACCUCUUCCUCCUGCUGUUAUCCCAGGCUGGCACAGCGACAUCUGGCGAUUGUAAGGGACAGCGGACUGUACUCCGCAGUUUGCCGGGAUUCGUGAGCGACGGCCCAGGAAACUAUUCAGUCAAUGGCAACUGCGAAUGGCUUAUAGAAGCCCCCAGCAGCAACUACCGUAUCCUGCUCAGAUUCCUCUUCAUGGACACAGAAUGUACGUACGACUAUCUCUUUGUAUAUGACGGAGACUCCUAUAGUGACCGUCUUCUGGCGAGCCUGAGCGGAAGCAGUCUGCCCCCCACCCUCGAGGCCACAUCUGGAAAGAUGCUCCUCCAUCUCUUCAGCGAUGCCAACUACAACCUUCUGGGUUUUAAUGCCACAUACAGUUUCUCCUUGUGCCCACAAGGUUGUUCUGGACAUGGGACGUGCCAGGAAAAUACCCAGUGUUUAUGUGACUCGGGCUGGAGUGGGGAUGGUUGUCAGAUACCUGACUGUAGCACUUACUGCCAUGUCCACCAUGGAACGUGUAACCAGGAAACUCAACGCUGCGUGUGUUUUCCGGGAUACAUAGGGGAACGUUGCGAUUUAUCCCUGACUGAUAACCAAGGCUCUGGGACCUGGUACAAUGUGAGCGGUCAGGACCCGGCCUUUACCCCCCGCACUGCAGCUGCCGGAGCCUUUUUGUCUCCCUCCAACGCCCUUUACAUUUUUGGAGGUUUGGAUCUGAAUUCCGCUCUUCAGGAUAUGGCAGUGUAUAACUUUACAUCAAAUAUCUGGGAGAGGAAGAACUAUUCUCCUAGUCCGGCUGCUCGACACUCGCACAUUGCGGUGGAAUGGAAUGGGACCUUGGUGUUAUUUGGUGGGGAGCUUCCUGGUGGGCGACUGACUAAUGAUACCUGGGUGUUUUUGCCCCUGGAAGAACGCUGGGUGGAUCUGAGCUCAUAUAGUGCUAUGCACCCCCCUCCCCUGGCCAACCAUGCAGCUGCCACUGUUGAUAACUGGCUCUAUGUGUUUGGAGGACGCACAUCUCGGGAUGUUUUUUCCUCUAAGAUGUUCCGUUUCAACCUCCACUUGUGGGAAUGGGAAGAGGUGCUCCCCGCUGGAGGAAAGCCCCCUGCAGCCGCAGGCCAUUCCAUGGUGUUCCACUCUGCAUCCCGAUCUCUAGUGGUUUAUGGUGGACACAGACCGUCCACGGCCCGGUUCAGCAUACGUGUGAACACCACAGAUUUGUUUCAUGUGGAUUUGAAUUACUGGACCACUCUGAAGCCCCGCGAGGGUAACCGCGGGGGUCCUCGAGAAAGAGCCUUUCAUAGUGCCACCAUCAUAGGAAACUACAUGGUGAUAUACGGGGGAAACCUGCACAUUCACUACCAAGAAGAGAAAUGCUACGAUCAAGACAUUUUCUUCUACCAUCUUGGAUGUCAUCAGUGGGUUCCCAGCAAUAUCCUGAGCCAGAUCAUGCCUCCUCAUCACGGACCGCUGACUGCCGGUGGUGGCCGCUACUCCCAUGUAGCUGCUCUUAUGAAGGGUGGAGUGUUGUUAGUUGGCGGAGGCUACAGCGGCACUCCCCGUGGAGACCUUCUCGCCUAUAAGGUGCCUGUGUCUGUGUACCAACCCCCUGUGCAAGAUUAUCACUUGGACUACUGCUCCAUGUAUACAGACGAGAUGAUCUGCUCCAAGGACCCUGAGUGCACGUGGUGCCAUACAAGCUGCCAGACCCCUCAGCCCAAUAAAAUAUGCCCAGCCAAGAGCUGUCUAGGACUUGCCCGACUCCUGUCAGACUGUCAGUCCUGUCUGGUGUUCAGCGGCAACCAGACGUCCUCUUCUCACAUCCCCCGCACUUUUGGGUGGUGUGUCCAGAAUGAAAGCUGCAUGCCGGUUUCAGAUCGCUCCACUUGCCGGGUAGGACAGAUCUCCGGGACAUACGGCUGGUGGGGUAGCCAGAACACGUUCGUCACCUCUCUAGAUGGCUGUCGGACCAACAAUUUUCUUCCUGGUCUCCACCUUAUCACCUAUCAGCAGCCACGCAAUGAGUCCCAGCCAGAUCGGGUAUCUAUUGUGCGCAGUACAACCAUUACCCUGAGUCCUAGCACUGAGAUGGACGUGUCUCUGGUGUAUAAAGGUUUCAUAUACCCCAUGCUGAGCCCAGACACUCCUCCGGAUCGCGUCUCUAUUUGGGCUCGCAUCCAGCGGUUUUACGUCGUGGCUCGACUUGGCCGGUACCCAGGGACCAUACACAACCUGGAGGAGGUGGGGCGCUGGUUCGUCCACCAGGAUAAGGAGAGGCGGUCUUUGCAGCGGAAUAGCGGGGAGCUGUUGUUCCCUAAAGCAGAUCGAGGAAGUCGCUACGCCGUGCAGAUUGAAGGUUUUCUCAACAAUACGGGCAUUGGACACACGAGCGAGCUGAGCCUGACGUGGGAUCGCACUGGAGUACUUGGUGGCAGCGAGAUCUCCUUCCUAUUCCUGGAGCCCCAUCGAUCUGAAGAAUGCUCUUACGCCUCCUGUUUGGCCUGCCUGGCAGAUCAGAGCUGCGGCUGGUGCUCCAAGACUCGGACCUGUCACCUCCGACUCUCAAGUGAAUGGACCAAAUUCUGCUAUGAUACUCCUUUAAUCCUGUCACCGGGGAAUUGUCAGAUGUGCGAUGAUUACCGGGACUGUGAAGCCUGUAGUGAGGAUCAGUACUGCGAGUGGCAGGUACACAGCAAUAAGAAGGGUGAUUCCCAAUGCAGCCGGCGGGGGCGCCUGAACGGCGCUAUACGAUCAGCAAAGGACUGUCCCCGUGCCUGUCAUCAGCGUAGGACCUGUUCUGAAUGCCUCUCUAACUCCAGUCACUGUGCGUGGUGCCAGUCCACUGGGAGUUGCUUCUAUUUUGCUGCGUACCUUGCUAAGUAUCCAUAUGGGGAUUGUAGAGACUGGUACGACAGUGUUCACUCAGUGCCCCAGUGCAUGGACUGUUCCAGGUUUAACACCUGUCGGGAGUGUUUGCAGAAUUUCGAGUGCGGCUGGUGUGGGAAUGUUGACAACCCAACAGUGGGAAGGUGCUUCUCUGGGGAUUAUUCGGGUGUCCGUGGCACCUCCUCCUGCUCCCGUGCGUUGUCCUCUGCCGGGCUUGUAGCCGAACCAGCUGAAUGGUCCUAUGAUUCCUGCCCGGAUGUUGACGAGUGUAGACUGGGCAUGGCUACUUGUCACAAACAUGCGACCUGCAGGAACACGCCGGACUCCUAUGAGUGCCACUGUGACCGUGGAUUUACAGGAGAUGGAGUCACUCACUGUAACCAGACUUGUUACAAUGAAUGCUCCCAUGGCACGUGUAGUGGGCCGCCAUCUUACUCCUGCCUGUGUGACCUUGGCUGGACAUCCAACCAGACCAGUGUAAUAGAAAGCGGAGUGGAGUGUAGCGUGGAUUGUGGCUGCAAUUUCCACAGCACCUGCACUCAUGGGCCGGGCAUAUGUGAUUCCUGUCAAGAUUGGACCCAAGGUGCUCAGUGCCAGGAGUGCAAGCCCGGCAGCUUCGGAAGUGCGACCCAGAAGCCAGGGUGCCAAGAAUGUGCCUGCAACAAACAUGGGACGCCUGAAUUGGGCUACUGCAACCGAGAAACGGGCAUAUGCUACUGCACGGACAACACACAAGGCGAUCACUGUGACAAAUGUGCACCGGGGUAUUAUGGGGAUCCAAGGCAUGGCGGAACAUGUUACCUGGAGUGCCAAGGUCGCCAGCUGCUUUCCCGCGUCUCCUCCUCUGCCCUCGGCUCCCCUGGAGGCUCUUACUGUCUGUGGAUGCUGAGUGUGUCUUCUCAUACGGAGCCCUGCCAGUCAGAUGCCAAUUGCCCCCGGCUCAGCCUCAGCCUGCAGCCUGACUUCAAUAUCCCAUGCACGCAAAGUUACGUGUACGUCUUUGAUGGGAUUCCAGCUUUCCUAAACACAGGUCUCCUGCAGUCAGAUCGCAGCUUGUUGGGUGCGUUUUGUGGACGAGGUCGUGGGGAAACGCCACUUACGGUAGAGGCGACUACAGGGGUCCUUGUUGUGUAUUAUGAAGCAAACAACACUGAACCUAGUGGUUUUAAUGCCACGUAUACAGUACAUGUAUGUCACCCACCAUGCGGAACCAACAGAGUGUGCCGAGGGCAGAGUUGUGUCUGCAGAAGUCCUCUGUCUGGUCCAUACUGUCUGCGCGAUGUCUGUCCGCGAAACUGCUCUGUGGAAGAAGAGAAGGGUGUAUGCAACCAGACCCUCGGUGUUUGCUUUUGUUCUCCUGGUUAUGCUGGAGAAGACUGUUCAGUUCAGUUGGAUUCUGGGAAGAUUGUGUGGGAAACUCUUAUGGACCCUCAGCUCGCAGCAGAUUCGGCAAGUCGCUUCUUACACCGGUUGGGUCACACCAUGGUUGAAGGACCAGAUAACACUCUCUGGAUGUUCGGGGGUCUGUCUUUAAGAGAUGGUGUGCUGGGAAGUGUCUAUAGGUACUCCAUUUCUGAGCACCGCUGGACCCAGAUGUUAGCAGGCACAGAGGGCGGUGGUCCUGGUCCGAGUCCUCGAUACUUCCAUGCUGCUGCUUACAAUGCCCUUCGUAAUGCCAUGUAUAUUAUGGGUGGUCUGACCAACUAUGGAGCUUUCAGUGACUUUUGGGUGUUAAAUCUUACUACGUUACAGUGGAGAAAAGAACUGGAUCCCAUCUUGCCAUCGGUGGCUGGCCACACCCUGACUCCACGUCGUGGAUCAUCUCUCAUUCUAAUUGGUGGAUAUUCACCAGAGAAUGGAUUUAAUAAUCGAGUUCUGGAAUAUAACAUUGAACUGGAGAUCUGGAAUGUGGGACAUCAUACGGGCACGCCGCCUACUGGUCUGUAUGGUCAUUCCACCGUGUAUCAUGAGGCUACUGAUGCCUUUUAUGUCUUUGGUGGACAUCGAUUCCAUGUAGAGGCCGUGACCCCAUCCCCCGAGCUCUACAGCCUGUAUUACCCUAAUCUGACAUGGAGUUUGCUCGCCCCUUCUCAGGGGAGAAAGCCCCUGUCUCACUUCUUCCACGUUGCUGCUGUGUUAAAGGACACCAUGAUAGUGGUCGGAGGCCGCACAGAGCACCAGGAAUACAGUAAUCAGGUUCUUUUCUAUCAGAUUCACUGCAAUGCUUGGAUCCGGCAUAAUAAGACUGAUAUCGUAUUGGGCGUCCCCAUGAACGAGUCCAUAGGUCACGCGGUGGCUGUGGUGGGUGGACGGCUCUACAUCUCAGGAGGGUUUAAUGGAGUGGCUCUAGGCCGCAUGGUGACGCUGUCUGUGCCUUCGGAUCCCUGCAUGCUGUUCAGCUCCCCUUCCACCUGUAAUCAGAGCGCCGGGAGCUGCGUCUGGUGCCAGCACAGCUGCAUGUCGGCCGACGUCGCUGAAAGGCGUAGUUGCUCCCAGGCCUUUUCGUCAUGUUUCCCGUUGCCGAGGUCUGCAGAUGAGUGUAGGAGAUUGAAGACGUGCAGCGAGUGUCUGGCACAACAUCCUCGCUCUAUGAGCGCACAGCUGAGCACGGGCGCCCCACGCUGUAAGUGGUGUACAAACUGUCCAGAAGGCGCCUGUAUUGGCAGUGAUGGAAGCUGCACUUCAGAGAAUGACUGUCGUAUUAACCAAAGGGAGAUCUUCCUGGCCAGCAACUGCUCGGAGAUCUCAUGCGAGGCUUCUGACUGUCACAAGUGCAUCGCUUCUGGGAAGUGCAUGUGGACGCGCCAGUUCAAACGAACAGGAGAGACCCGUCGGAUCCUGAGUGUUCAGCCCACCUAUGACUGGACUUGCUUCAGCCACUCGUUGCUCAACGUCUCACCGAUGCCCGUGGAAUCUUCUCCGCCUCUUCCUUGUCCAACUCCAUGUUAUAACCACAGCACCUGCCAGGAGUGUCUAAGCUCUAAGGGGGCAGAUGGUGGGUGGCAGCAGUGUGUGUGGAGCGUCGCCUUAAAGCAGUGCAUGAGCCCUACUUUCCUGCCCAUGCGAUGUGCUGCUGGCGCCUGUGGCAGAGUUCUCAGUGGGACCGAGAAUUGCUCCCCAUCCUGCUCCCGUCACACUCACUGCGCUGCCUGCAUCCAGCACCCUCGCUGCGGCUGGUGCGCCCGGCGAGGAGGUAACGGGGAAGGCAGAUGUCAAGAAGGAGGGCUCAAUGGACCCACUCAAGGUUUUGGGGAGCAGUGCAGUUCUUUGGAGUCUCACUGGGCCUUUAUGUCCUGCCCCCCUGAAAACGAAUGUCUGAACCAACACCACGACUGCAACGAGACUCAGAAUUGUAGUGAUCUGCUGCACGGCUUCAAGUGCACGUGCAAGAAAGGAUACACCCUCCACAAUAUUACAGGUCUGUGUCACCCUGUGUGUGAACACGGCUGUGUUAACGGAACCUGCGUGGAGCCCAACAGGUGCCGCUGUGACUUCGGUUACGUGGGGGAGAACUGCUCCGUCGCCUGUCGUUGUAACAAGCACAGCGACUGUGCGGGACUCGGGGCUGAGGACGUGUGUCUGCAGUGUCACAAUAAUACUAUGGGGGAGCACUGUGAGAAGUGUAAGCCGCUGUUCGUGGGAUCGGCCAUAAAUGGUGGAACCUGUCGUCCCUGUCUGGACUUCUGCCGUGGAAACAGUGAAGUGUGUAUGACGAUGGAGGAGUACGAGAGAACCCGUAAGGAACCGGAAAAGUAUUCUCUGGAUCCUGCCAAGAUCCCGACCUGGGUGAGUCAGGGUCCCACCGAGGACACAGCUCUGUGUGUGAAUUGUCAGAAUAACAGCCUGGGGGACAAGUGUGAGGGCUGCCUGCCAGGAUACUUCUUGCUCGACAAACGCUGCACUAAAUGUCAAUGUAAUGGUCACGCAGACACGUGCAACGAACUGGACGGAACGAACUGUCCUUGUAGCAACAACACCGAGACUCAGAACUGUCAGAACAGUGCGGACAAGAAAGACUGCUACAAAUACCAGUGUGCUAAAUGUAAGGACUCCUUCCAUGGGAACCCUGUGAAUGGCCGCCAGUGUUAUCGCCUCAUGACUGUAGAACAAGAAUACUGCUUCGACCCGACCUCACAGAGCAAUUGUUUCCAUGAGCCCAAUAUCCAGAACCUGCCCUAUGGCCGCAGCGUCUUUUUUGGGGUACAGCCCAAGUUCACCAAUGUGGACAUCAGAGUGACCGUGGAUGUGACAUUUGGUUGUGUGGACGUCUUUGUGUCGACCUCCCCUGAGAGCUUCGCUGUCGAUGUUGACCAUCUAUCAGGGGUUCACUCUGUCCGGAUCGCUGAUGGUGAAGCUGCGGGUGGUCCUGAACCCCUCACUGCUGCCUCUCUUAAUAACAGCUCAUGGUUGGCCAUGAGUAAAUCAUCUUGGCUCCGCGAGGAACGUCCCAAAGGUCUGAUCACUUACAUUACAGUCCGAAACCAACAGACGGUUCUGAUAGUCCGGGGGGUCAGAGACCGGGUGGUCAUUACGUACCCUCACGAGCUGCACACCCUGAAAAAUAGCCGCUUCUACCUGCUGCUUCUGGGCAAUGCCACCAGCGGGUCCAGGGAGUCUCAAGGUUUGCUGUUCUUCCGUCAAGACCAGGCGCACAUCGACCUCUUUGUCUUUUUUUCCGUCUUCUUCAGCUGCUUCUUCCUCUUCCUCUCGGCCUGCGUCCUGCUCUGGAAAGUGAAGCAAUGGCUGGACGUUCGCAGGGAGCAGCGGCGCCACCUCCAAGAAAUGAGUAAAAUGGCCAGCAGGCCCUUCGCUAAGCUGACCGUCUAUUUCCACCCUGACGUAGAGAUGGUUGGGUGUCAUCCUGGGGGACCUGUUUUACCGUCGCUCCCCCAUCAUCAUCACCACCAACAUCACCAUCAUCACCACCGCUCCAAACCCAGGUUAAAGUCCUAUGACCCUUCGUCAGCACAGCCUCCAUCAUUACGCCAUUCGGACCCUUUCUUGACCCAACUCUUGGGGUAUACGUACUCCAACUUCCGAGUUGGGCCCAUCACCCUGGAACCCACAGAUGAUGGCAUGGCUGGUGUGGUCACUCUACUUUUGCAACUACCUGGGGGUGCCCAGGCCCCCAAUAGAGCCUGUUUGGGUUCUGCACUUGUGACUUUACGCCAUAACCUUCAGGAGUACUGUGGGCCCAGCCAUGUUGUUAGUAGUUCUAGGAAGGGACUUCUCAGCCACGAGAACCUUACAAGCAUGUCACUGUGAAUGAAGGGUCAAUGGACGACCGGGUCGACUCAUGAGGACAAUUGGGUUGAUUCUUGGGGGACAGUGGGACACACCCCAGACUUUAUAAAUGGCCAGUAAUGGUGUUGGACCUCUCAGUGAGGAGGGACUUGGAUACACUGACAAUUGUACAAACCCCCUAAAAUUGGGGACUUCAGCUAUUUAUCUUUUUUUUAUGUCUGGGACGAUAUUUAUGAUGGUUUUGUGCAAUGAUAAUUUUUUUUUUUUUGGACAAAACACUACUAUGAUGGGCUGCAAUCCACAGCUUUAUAGGUCUCUAUGUCUGUAUGUGACUUCAGGAAUGGCGGGCAGAGCUUCCGGCGAAGUUGUAAUUUAGCGCAAGCCAAGGGUCGCACACCAUCGCACUACUUCAGCAGUCUUGCAUUAGCCCGGUGUCGUCCUAAAAGGUCACGGCCUGUACAUAGGCAGCUGUGCAUGGGAAAGUAUUAAUCUCAGUGAGAAUUGACUGUUACAGAGCAAAGAACAAUAAAUGUGUCCACAGUGCGUGCAAUGGAGGUCUGUGUAAUAAGGGGGGAUGUGUCGGGGGUGGGGAGAGAUGUUAAGCUACAGAUGUUACAACCCCACAAUGUAAGAUAUGGGAUAAUAAUCCUUAGGCCUUGUUCACAUGGUUGAUUCCAUGCGGAAAUACUUUGUUCUGCAGGCACUAGGACCGCUCGGAAAUGGGCCGUCAUAGACAGCAAUGUAGUUCUGAGCGGAAUCUGCAGAAACAAAUAGAUAUGUCCAGUCUGGAAUUGAGAUUUCUGCCGCAGAAACAUCUUGACAUGGAAAUUCCAGCACGUGCACAGUGCAGCAGAAUCCUAUUGAAAUCAAUGGGACUCUGCUGCAGCGGAAUAUCCUGCAGAAUUCCGCUUGGAAAUUCUGCUGUGUGAACAUGGCCUUAGGGGGCUCAGGUUCCUUAAAUCCUGUGAGUGACAUGGUAAUUCAGGGGCGUACUGGGAUUUGUAGUUAGGCAACAACUG